CUCGCGCUCUGCGCCACCGUCCCGCGGCCGCGUUUGUCCCUGCGGAGCCGCCGUCGCCUCGGCCAGGGGCCGGGCCCCGCGGGUGGGUGCGGCGGCGGGAUGCGCUCCGUCAGCUACGUGCAGUGCGUGGCGCUGGACUUCGGCGGCAGCCUCUUCCCGCACGCCAUCUGCCUGGGGGACGCCGACAACGACACGCUGAAUGAGCUAGUGGUGGGAGACACCAAUGGGAAGCUCUAUGUUUACAAGAAUGAUGACAGCAAACCCUGGGCUGUGCGAUCAUGCCAAGGAAUGCUCACAUGUGUUGGAAUCGGAGAUGUAUGCAAUAAAGGAAAGAAUCUUGUGGUGGCAGUGAGUGCAGAAGGCUGGUUUCAUCUUUUCGACCUGACAACUUCAAAACACCCAGAUGCUUCGGGCCACCAUGAGUUGGCAGCAGCAGAAGAGCAGAAGCCAGUGUUCAAGCAGCAUAUUCCUGCCAACACCAAGGUCAUGCUGAUCAAUGACAUAGAUGGAGAUGGGAAGUGUGAGUUGGUGGUGGGUUACACUGACAGGGUAGUACGUGCCUUCCGCUGGGAGGACUUGUCGGACAGUUCAGACCAUGUCUCUGGGCAGCUACUCCUGUUGAAGAAAUGGCUGCUAGAAGGUCAGGUGGACAGCCUCUCUGUGAACCCAGGCCCUGAUGGCUCACCGGAGUUGAUGGUGUCUCAGCCGGGCUGCGGUUAUGCCAUUCUGCUGUGCACCUGGGACUCUGAGCAGCAGGCUACGACAGAGGGAAGGGACAGCUCUGCCGCAGGCAGUGAGGCCCCUGUUCGAGAUGUUAUUCUACACCAAACAUCUGGACGGAUUCACAACAAGAAUGUUUCCACUCAUCUAAUUGGCAGCAUUGGUCGAGGCUGCUCCAGCGAGAAUACUGGCUCAGGUCUCUUUGCCCUCUGUACUCUGGAUGGGACAUUGAAACUCAUGGAGGGAGCAGACAAGCUGCUCUGGUCUGUGCAGGUUGAUCACCAGCUGUUUGCUCUGGAAAAGUUGGAUGUUACUGGCAACGGGCAUGAGGAGGUGAUUGCCUGUGCGUGGGAUGGUCAGACGUACAUCAUCGACCACAAUCGGACUGUUGCCAGAUUUCAAGCAGACGAGAACGUCAGUGCGUUCUGUGCAGGCCUCUAUGCAUGCAAAGGAGGAAGCAACAGCCCCUGCUUGGUUUAUGUCAGCUUCAGUCAGAAGAUCUACAUCUACUGGGAUGUGCAACUGGAGAGAAUGGAGUCCACCAACCUGUUGAAAAUCCUGGAUUGUGACCCAGAGUUUGGAAGUCUUUUGCAGCAGCUGGGUGUGGAAAGAGACGACGUUUCUGCUGUCAAAAAUCUGAUUCACAAAACACUCUAUUUUCCUGAGAAACACCAGCAGAGCAUCCCCUCGCAGCAUCAGGACCCUGCUGGAACAGACUCCUCUGCCCACCUUACUGUCAACAAGGAUCCUUUAUAACAAAUCACAUGGAAGUUGACAUCUUUAAUACCAGCAGAAACUGACUGGAAUUAGGCAUCUAAUGAAGUUGAGACUGUUCUUUUCCCAUCUCUGUCAAAGCUUCCAGACAGCAAAGGGUGUACAGGCUGGGUUCUGUGGAGGGAUGUGCUUGGCUGUAGGCUUGAGUGGAGGUGGUGGGUCGAUUUGCUUUUAUCUGAGGAAGCUACCAGAACAGCAAGAGUUCAGGGUACUGAUCAUUUGCCUUCUACUGUCAGUUUCCAUGUUCUCUGCUAGGUAAAGCGCUCUAUGGUGACUGUGAAGGAGGAUUGAGGACAUAGAUGGAGAGAAUAUCUGAGCUCAGCCUCUGUUUUGGCCUGUUUUUACAACUGCUCUAGUGAUUGCUUCUGAGUUCUUAGCAGGAUCACAGCGCAGGAACUGCAGGUGGAAGGACUGAGCUAGGAAGCAGACAAGGGCCUUCUCUCCCAUUUAGGUGUGUUUUUAGAGUAAACCCAGGUGUGGUUUGCUUUUGCUGUGCUGCUGCUUGUCUACCAAGCAGUUUCUCACAAACCACCUCCUGUUCUGAGGAGCUGGAGAUGUGUAUGAGAAGAACUAAAACUUGCACUAAUAAGGUGGCAAGAGGUAACAGCUCCAGGGAACCCCAGCUGUACUGGAGAGGCAUUGCUUUUUUCCAUCCUUUUGGAUAGGGUGAUCCCAGAGAUGGCGGUGGCCUAGGAAAGCAGCUGUGGACUGGGCCAUAAGAGCAGUCUAUCGUAACCAUGGAUCUGUGGUGCUGUGAGAGCUUGGCCAUUCCAUACUCCUUGUUAUGGAGCAUGCUGUGCUAUUUUUGAGUCCUGCACAACUGGAAGAGGUGGACUGGAGGUGAUGUUCCACUUGCUGGUAUGCGGAGCCUCAAAAAGGCUGUUGCUCACCCAGGCUACUCAUAUGCAAAGACCCAGGCACCCACCUUUCCACAUGCUGCUGGUGUUCUGCUCUUCCCAUCUCGGCUUGCCCCUUGCCUAAUUCAGAUUAGGCUCACCUGCUGUUUUGCAUCUGUUGUCUUCUCUCACUUGUGUGAUGUUUUAUUGGACAUGCAUGAUGGAUGGAGCUGUCCCUUCACCCUUAUGUCAGCCUGACUCAGAGCAAAUAUAAUUCAGUGAUCUCUCUUCAGCAAAUACGAACAUUUAAAGAUCUUGCAGGCUGUUGAAAACCUGCUGUGCUGUACUCUGUAAAACGUGCAAGGGCAGCCCAAACUGGGAGAAAGAAUUUUGUAUAGAAAGGGAGUGUCUUGCCCUUGGGUCAAAAGGACUGUUGAAAUAGCUCUCCAUGGUAGAAGAGCAGGAUCUUUACAUAAUAAGUCCUGGCUUUUCUUUGCAAUUUCCAUCUGUAUAUUUAUAUAAGCUUUAUAGAAAAUGGCUUCUGUCCUCUGCAUUUGAUAGCUGAGAAAGUUGAAACGUGGAGCAGUGCAUAGUAUGACCUGCUCUGUACCACCUAGCUUGCUUCUGAGAUACCACUGUGUCUUCUGACUCUUAACUACAGUGGAAGUUUCUUUCCAUUUUAGUGACCUCGCUGCAAAGCAUUUUUAAAUGUUCCCCUGUCAUACUAAAUGCUUGUGUGAAACUGGACCCUUCAGGCAGGAGCUCUCAAAUCAUAACAGUGCUUUAGUAACAGUAGUGUUUGGAGCAGCAUGGCCUGAGUUUGUCAGCUACGGAGAGCGGGCAGCAUCAGGGCCAUCUACUGAUGGGCUGAAGCAAGGAAUUGGCUUGAAGCUUGUCAGCUCUGGACUGUAACCUCAAGAAAUGGUCAGCUCUCAUGAUGCUGAGAUGUACAGCCACCCAUCCCAGUGGGCAACCACCGUUGCUUCUGGCAAAUAAAUCCACGUGACCCCUUGG